AUGGACAACUCUGACCUGGACUGGCCCAACCCAUACGUCGGCCUUGCGGAGCUUUACAAGGUCGGAGGCACCAACACGUCAAGCAUCGAGCCUAUCCUCAACAAGGCGCGCAUCGCGACGCAAGUCUAUCGCGAGAAGCCCUCGCUGCCAGGAAGCCGAGGAGAGCACGAUGUCGAUACCCCCAGCGGCCGUCUUUCCCCGCGCGAAAAGCAUUUGCAAGUCAAUGACGAGACGAACACCAUCCUGCAGUUCCGGACCAUCGACUUUGGCAUGGAGGAAUGCUCACUAGUCCUGCGGCUACCGGACGACCGCCUCGCAGAAGCCGACGGCAUAUCGUACACCAUGAGCGACCCGCUCAGCCUCAACAUCUGCGCCAUGGACGUCGCUAAGCUGCUUGACGUAAAACAAGUCACCUGGCGCUCGCGCCCACAAUGCUCGGAGCACAUCGCGACAGUGAACGUCAUUCCAGGCGAUGACAUGGAGCUUUCGCGCUUCCCUUGCGCUUGGGGGACCUUCCAUACCUUCGAGGUGUCAUGCGCGGAGCCGGGAUGCUCCGUCGAUGUGUGGUCGAGCGCGAGCACUGCGUGGGGGGUCUACCUGUAUCAGUAUCAGACAAUUUGA